AUGAACACACCAGCACACAAAUAUCAGCCCAUAUCGACUGAAGAUGACGAUGGACGACCAUCAGCAUCUAUAAUAGAAUUAACAAGUGGAAAACCAUCCAUCGAUGAUUAUCGUUCAAUUUCUAAUUUUGGAUCUGCUUUUUCAUAUUCACGACAAAUUAAUCUUCAUACUUUAACAGAAAAACGUCCAUUAGUUGGCAUUGAAAAAUUAGCACAUUAUUUUGUAAUUUUGUUUUGUGCUAUUUUGACCAUACUUCUUCUACCUUGGUCAUUGAUUUUUGCUCUUAAACGUGUUCGUCGAAAUGAACAAUUAGUUAUCUAUCGUCUAGGUCGUGUUCAAACUCCAGCUCGUCGACCAGGUCUGACUUUAACUCUACCAUUUGUUGAUUAUGUAAAACGUAUCCGAACAACACAAAAUAGUCUCGCUAUUUCUCCUACCCAAAUUCUUUGUCAAGACAAUUCAAUAAUUGAAGUUCAUCUUUCUAUUGAAUAUAAUAUUGAUGAUCCAAUACUUGUUUCAAAUAGUCUUAAUGAUAUAACGAUAUCAUUAAAAUCUUUAGCACGCUCGACAUUGGUUUCAUUUAUUAGUAAAAGUGAUGGUAUGAAAAUUGAACAACAAAUUUAUACACUUGAACUUUCGCUUAAAAAUGAUCUCAACUGUUUUGUUCGUAAAUGGGGUAUUGAAAUAGCUAAAGUUAAUAUUGUGCAAACAAAACUUAUUUCAACAGCAGAAGAAAAUCAACAUAACCAAGCAUCAUUACAUCCUGCACUCAAUGUAUUUACAAAAAUUUUUGCCGGUCUUAUGCAACAACAACAACCAGCAAGCGCAGCACCAACAACAGUUAAAUCAACUGAUGAUUCUAUUUCACCUGUUCUUCAUUUGCUUGUUCAACGACUUAAAGCUGUUUUAAGCGAAGAACUUGUGCGACAAAUCAAAACAACUUAUCAAUUUAAUAUUGCUACAUUGGGACAGUUUUAUUUUGAUCUUAAAAAUGGUCACGGGUCGUGUGAGGUUGGUCGAUGUCCAUUAUCAUCGGUUGAUGUCACAAUAACAUUAUCCAAUCCAGAAGAUUUAAGACUUUUGUCAACUAGUGAUUCCAAUGAACUUGUACAAGCUUAUUUAAGUCAACGUAUUACAAUCGAUGGAUCGUUACAAGAUGCGAUGAAUUUAAAAUACGUUGCUGAUGCACUUCGACGCGAUAAUAUUCUUCUUUUCAGUCCAAAUAUUUAA